ACCGGAAACAGCCUCCAUUAUUCAGCUUCCUGUUCACUCGAAAUGGCUGCGAACAGUGAAGGCAGCGAACUGGCGUGUACAGCUGACAAAGAGCCAGCAGAGACCAGAAGCAUGGAUCAACCUCUCAGGUUCUCUGAACUAAGGAUAGUGCUGGUGGGGAAGACUGGUGUGGGGAAGAGCUCUACUGGAAACACCAUCUUCGGUCAUGAGGUCUUCCACGUGUCCAGUUCAGCUCAGUCAGUAACCAAGGAAUGUCAGAAGGCCAGAGCAGAGGUUGAUGGCUGUAAAGUGUCUGUGGUCGACACUCCUGGUUUAUUUGACACUGACCUGACAGAAACAGCAGUAAUUAACAGAGUGGUUGAAUGUAUCACUCUGUCCUGUCCUGGACCACAUGUCUUCCUCCUGGUGCUCAGACUGCGUCACUUCACCAAAGAAGAGAGUGAGACGGUGAAGAGACUGCAGUGGAUCUUUGGUGAUGAGGCAUCCAAAUACACCAUCAUUCUCUUCACUGAGGGGGACAGACUGAAAACCAAGACCAUAGAGGAGUAUUUGGCUACAGCAGAAAAGGAGCUGAGUCAAGUGGUGGAGACGUGUGGUGGACGCUAUCAUGUCUUUAAUAACAAGAACAUGGAACACCGCACUCAGGUCACUGGACUGAUGGAUAAGAUCUUUAAAAUGGUGUCAGAAAAUAAUGAUGGAUGCUACACCAAUGAGAUGUAUAAAAAUGUGGAAAGAGCGAUUCAGGAAAGAGAGGAAUUGCUGAAGAGCGAGAUGGACGAGAGAGAGGAAGAGUUGAGAAAUGAGAUGCAUGAAAGAGAGGAAGAGCUGAGAAAUGAGAUGCAUGAGAACAUGGAAAGAGCAAUUCAGGAGAGAGAGGAAAAGCUGAGAAAUGAGAUGAAAAAACUGGCUAUGGCGAAAAACACAGAAAUAGACCAGUUGAGCUCGAAGCUUACAGAAAAAGUUGUGAAGGAUGUGAAAAAAAAGAAAAAAUUUUCAGAGUUUAUAAAAGUCGCAGAGCAGUGUAAACAGCAGUGAUAGUGCUUCUUCCUCGAUUUGAGGCCUAAAUUUGUUGUGUACGUUAAAUGUUGUGCGAGUAUGUAUGUAUAUAUGUAUAUGUAUAAUCACAGUUGGAACAAAACCUUGUGUCUUGUAUUUUGUUGUUGUUCAUUUUGUCUUACAUAAUAUGAAAACUUCAGCUGCUCUUUACAUUGUGUUAAAGUUAACGAUGAAUGGACCAACAGAAAUGGCUCAAAAUUACUUAGAAAAAUCCUGUUACUUUAACUUCAAUUCCACAAUUCCAAUCAAAUUUCAUUCUCAUGAAAAGUUAAAAUAUGAAGUUUUGUUCCAAAAGCAACGCUAUGUAUAUAAGCAAUUUGUAUGCGGGAAGUAUGCAUAAUGAUCCAUAGCUUUGUAAAUCUAUUUUAAGUUCAUUUAAAUGCAAAAAUGUACAUACAGUACCUGUAUAUAUUAAUAAUGGUGUAUAUGAAUA